AGUUAUAAAUGACUCUUCGGAACGGGUAACCCUCAGAUGUAUGUUGAAGUUCAAGGUGAGAACGUUCUCAUUUUGAAUUGGCGCGUUUGUUUAAUUAUGUGAUUUUGCGCGAAAAUACGAAAAUGUACAAAAUUAUUUUGUUAGUUUUUUCGAUUUUCUCCUGCAGUCAUGCACAAGUUCGAUCUAUGGGAAAUGUUCGGGAGGUUUUAAAAUGUGCGGCGAGAUUGGAUUAUUCCUGCAUUUUAGAUUACGCUGAAGAUGCUGCGCAUAAUGCGUAUGCUAACGCAAUAAAGGAAGCGGAUAUGGAGGCGCGUAAGAUGUCAAUUGAAACGGGAAGAGCGGACCCGGAAGAAGAACAACCAUCAAGUAUUCUUACAACCAUUACCAAUAUUAUAUCCGAGCUACCUGAAUUGUUACGGGUAUCGCUUAGUGCAGCCUUGAAUGGCGAAGACGCUGAUAAUGACGACAAGCCGUCUGAUGGAGGUAAUACUAAGGACGCUGAAGAAGACGACGACGAAGAAGAGGAGGAAGAUGACGACGAUGCAGAAGAAGAAAAUGCUACAGAGAAAUCCAAAACUGUAGGUGACGAAAUAGCUCAGUGCAAAAACGGAACCACUUGUCGAGGAAGAACUUCGAAAAAUGUGGCGGGAAUUAGCUCCAAACAAUCCGGUAGAUCUCAACAUAAUGGUGUCGCCAGAAAAAAGAAGAAAAAGGAGAAGAAGAAGAAGUUGAAGACCAUUAUUAAAUUAAUUGCCGUUGCAAUUGUCCUUAUAGUAAAGCUCAACAUUUUCCUAAAGCUACUUGCCGCGAAGUUACAAAUAAAAUUCUUCCUAAUCGCCGUUGUAAACUUACUAAUAACGCUAGCCAGAUUUUGGUGGGAUUUGAAGAAGGGGCACAGCGACCAUCCCCAAAAAGUGAUCUACUAUGAACACGCGCAACAUCAGCACCAUUACGACGGUGGAGACGAUUGGCACAGUAGCGGUCCUAGCGAAUCUUACUGGGGGAGAGCUGACGCAGACGACAAGAAGACCGCUCAGGACCUGGCUUAUUCUAAGCAAGCUCCUGGUAGUAUCACGUAUAGUAGGGUUGACGAUAAACCAAAUUUUUCUUGGAAUCCUUGGGCUGAGCGGUCGUUGUAGUUUCGUUAGAUUAUUUAUUUCGUUGUAGUUUCUGCCAGUGCAAUUAAAACUAAAACUAAUGCCUUUAAGGACAUUAAUUUGAGUAGCUAGUCAUAAUUAUUUAUUGCAAUUUAUAUAUCUCGUUAUUAAUUUUAAUUUAUUUAUUAUAUUCUAAUUUAUUGAUUGUUACUAUUACCGAUGUUAUACAUCGACGAAUGCAGUGGAGCCAAAAUGUUACUUAUUGCCAUUGACGCACCCUUAAAACAAUUUACGCACUUCCAUGGGAAUAUGGUCCAAGGGGUUAUAUGUAAGUUACUUACGUACAUAAAACCAGGGUAAUAAUAUAAUAGUUAUAUAUUUUAAUAAUAAUAAUAAACUUUUUAAUGCCGUUAGAUAUUUAUAACGUUAUGUUAGAGAUAGUAGCGUUCAAACAUCAUUAAUACCCCCUUUUGUAACCAACCAUACUAUUACGUCCUUGGUACUGUAGUACUAGAGUAUAGAGGUGAGCCUAAUAAACGGAUACUUUAAUAAAUAA